UCCCUCAAACCUUCCCUCUCAUGGGCUCACACAUGGCCAGAGCUGGAAAGAGCACUUGUCCCGGAGAGACUGGGGGAUCUUGACUUUAUUUUCUUCAAAAGGCACCAGAUAAAUCCUAACUAGGGAUAAAUGGAAGCAUAACCACAGACUAAAGACAAGAAGCGACCUUCCUCAGUGCAAUGGAGAAGUCUUAUGGCUCAGAUGUCAAGUGCAUGCUGGAUGGAGGCACAGCACAUCCUGCACCCAACACGUUGGCCAGAGGACAAUGGUCAAACAAAAUUGAGUUCCUCUUGGCCGUUGCAGGACAAAUCAUAGGCCUGGGAAAUGUGUGGAGGUUCCCUUACCUGUGCUACAAAAACGGAGGAGGGGUGUUCUUCAUUCCUUACGUCCUCUUCCUCUUUACCUGCGGCAUCCCUCUGUUUCUCCUGGAGACGUCACUCGGCCAAUACACCAAACAGGGAAGUAUUACCUGCUGGAGGCAAAUUUGUCCCCUUUUUGAAGGGAUGGGUUAUGGCAAUCUUGUGGUUGUUUUGUACUCCAGUAUCUAUUACAUCGUGAUAUUGGCCUGGGCGUUCGUGUAUCUCUUCUCCUCUUUCAACUCUGAACUUCCCUGGGCAACUUGCAGAAACAACUGGAACACAGAGACCUGUGUAGAGUUUGAUCGAAGAGUUGGACAUUUGAACUGGACUGCUGCUGAAAAUGCCACGUCACCAGUGAGAGAGUUUUGGGAGAGAAGAGUUCUGAAUCUAUCAGGAAAUAUCCAUGAGUUAGGCAGCAUUCAAUGGGAGCUGGCUCUGUGUCUUCUGCUGUCCUGGAUCAUCUGUUACUUUUGUAUCUGGAAAGGAAUAAAGUCCACAGGGAAGGUAGUUUACAUUACCGCCACAUUUCCAUAUCUGAUGUUGAUGGUGCUGCUGGUUCGUGGAGUCACGUUGCCAGGGGCCUUGGAUGGGAUCAAGUUCUAUCUCUAUCCAGAUCCAUCCCGCCUGUCUGAUCCACAGGUGUGGAUGGACGCUGGCACACAAGUAUUUUAUUCCUAUGCUAUUUGCAUUGGCUGUCUAACUGCACUCGGCAGUUACAACAAGUACAACAACAACUGUUACAAGGACUGUGUGUACUUGUGCCUUCUGAACAGUGGGACCAGUUUUGUUGCAGGCUUUGCCAUUUUCUCUGCACUUGGAUUUAUGGCAUAUGAGCAGAACACAGACAUCUCAAAAGUGGCAGAGUCUGGUCCCGGCUUGGCGUUCAUCGCCUAUCCUCGAGCAGUCGCCAUGAUGCCUUUUCCCCAGGUCUGGGCGAUAUUCUUCUUCGUUAUGAUCAUCCUGCUGGGACUAGACAGUGAGUUUGUAGGUCUGGAAGCCAUCGUUACAUCAAUUUAUGACACAAAUCCUGCCUUCUUCCACGUUGGACAUCGACGUAAACUUCUUCUACUUGCUAUCAGUGUUGUCAGCUUCUUCAUUGGACUUGUGAUGGUUACAGAUGGUGGCCUGUACAUCUUCCAGUUGUUUGACUACUAUGCCUGUAGUGGGAUGACUCUACUUCUCUUUGCCAUACUGCAGUCUGUUUGUAUUGGAUGGAUAUAUGGUGCAGACCGGUUUUAUGAUAACAUAGAGGAUAUGAUUGGAUACAAGCCUUUCCCCCUAAUUAAGUAUUGUUUGAAAUACGUCACACCAGUAGUAUGCAUGGGAACGUUUAUUUUCUCCUUGGUCAAAUUCACUCCUCUGAAGUUCAACAACACAAUCGAGUACCCGUGGUGGGGUUAUGCUCUUGGUUGUUGGUUCACUCUCUCCUCUACACUCACUGUUCCCAUAGUUAUGUUGUACAAUGUGAUCACCACUCCCGGUACACUGCGACAGAGGAUCUCCAUCUUGUGCACUCCAGCUGAAGAUCUUCCUUUGAUCAAAAAGGACAAGAUGAGAUUUGAACUGCUCGGCUUGACCUCACCUCCUGACAGCGAGGUGAUCUAGUGACCACAACAAACUGGAGCAGAUUCACAUUUUCUCAACACCAUGAGUCAAUUUUGUUUUACCUCUGACACAAAGUGAUGUAUAUGUAUUGCUGUCAUACACAUGUCAUGCUCUUCAUUCCGCAAACGACUGAAGCUAUCUCAGAUGUUACUUAAAUGGUCAUCGCUGAUGGCACUGACCACCAGCAGGGCUGCAACUUCUGAUGACUUUCAUUAUCACUUGAUCUAAUGAUUGCUAAUCCAUGAUUUGAUUCAUUUUAAUACCUUCAAAUUACAAUAAAUAGUGAUAAAUGCACAUCACAAUUUCCCAGAGCCAUGAAUUCCGAUGGGCUAAAUACAAUAAAUUAUAAUAUAAAAUGUAUAGAAAACAGCAAAUUCUCAAACAUUGGUGAUUGAUUUUUAAACAAAAUUAAAUAAAUGUAUUUAACUCUUAGAUUAGUUGUUUCAGCUCUAUUAGCAAGUAAAAGUGAUCAAUCAUGGAUGAGCAGCCACACUCAAAUUAAUAUUGAUAUUUUAAAUGGUUAUUUAUGUAAAGAAAAUGUACUGCCAAUAUUGUUUUGUUUUAUUGAAUCAGGUUGUAUAACUAUGGAAACUGGGUUGUCAUAGUUAUACAACCUGGUAUAAACACUUGCCAAAAUAGCCACACAGAUUGAACACUUUAGUCACUUUUAGAUCACUGUACAUUUUAUUUUAAACUGAAUAUAACUAAAACACUGACAUGAAAGAGGAAAGGUUAUCCAGCAAUAAGGGUGGGAUUCAACCCUUGGACACUGCCUGCACCUAAGCCCAACAUUAAAGUGUUUCUGACCUGUGCCAAGUACCGCUUAACUACUUAAAAUGUGCAUAAUGCUCACAUGGAUAUAAGAGAAAGUACCCCAUGUCCGUUUGUGUUUAGUGUUCAAAUAAACAUCAGCGAGUUGAAUUAUGGUUAUUACAUCCAUCACCAUAAUUCAACACACAGAUGUCUGGUUUAGUUUUUUGCAACACCGAGCAAACAUGUUGGUUGCAUCAGUUAAAAUCACAAGGGUUAAUUUUUAACAGAGUUAUAUUUGUUACCAAAGGCUCAACUCUAAGCUUGUUUAUUAUAGUUUGUAUACAAAAGGUGCAGGUUCAUAUAGUAAUUUUUUAUAAAAAGUACUUUUGUAUCAUAUCUCAUUGACAUUUGUGGCAGUAUUUCUUUAUGUAGCACGUACAGUAAAUGAUCAAUCAAUAAUAAUAUACUGUAUAUAUAUAUAUAUUUUUUUUAAGAAGAUCUUUUCAAAAGAUAUCUGGGGCACAAAUCCAAUGAAUUCCAACCCUUUGUCAAAAAAAACGUAAUGAAGUUUUGGUGUAUAGAUAGAGCUGAUGAAUUCAUGUUUAAAUUGAGAAUGUCACAUUAUAUAUUACCUAUUGUUAUCAAUAAACACAUUAUGAUCAA